UCUUCUCUGUCAAUUCCAAAACCAGCCAAACAACUCCUCUGAACCAAACACCAUCUAUAAAAGGGAAAUUAUUGCCCUAAAUUAUUACAAACAUCAGUGAAAUAUGGCAAACACACACAUAGUUGGAGUAGCCAUGGAUUUCUCUCCUACUAGCAAAUUAGCACUUAGAUGGGCUGUUGAUAAUCUAAUCAACAAAAAUGAUCAAAUCAUCAUCAUCAAUGUUCAGCCUCCCUCAGCUGAUCACACCAGAAAGGAGCUUUUUGAGAGCACCGGUUCACCUUUGGUGCCUCUAGAGGAAUUAAGGGAGAUAAACUUUACAAAGCAAUAUGGUAUUGCAAGGGAUCCUGAAGUCAUAGAUAUCCUUGAAACUGCUUCCAAGACCAAAGGGGUUAAGGCAGUUGCAAAAGUAUACUGGGGAGAUCCAAGGGAGAAGUUAUGCAAUGCUGUGGAAGAUCUUCAUCUGAAUUCAUUGGUUGUUGGAAGCCGGGGUUUAGGUACCAUUAAAAGUGUUUUGUUAGGAAGUGUUAGCAAGCAUGUGGUGACAAAUGCUUCUUGCCCUGUCACUGUGGUCAAGGGAACUCAACCUUCCAAGUCUAGGCAUUGAUCUCAUUAUGAAUUUUUAUUUCUUUGGUUUUAUAUACAUAUGGAAAAAAUAUAUCACUUCAAGUAUUGUACCCUUUGAAAUGCUUUGGCUAGAUUGAAUAAUUGUCUUUUUGGCAUGUUUUGCAUAUAUAUGAAUUUUAGUAGUAUUAGUAACCAA